CGCUCCUGUCCCCUUCCGGCAGCCCGGCCAGCGGGCGGCGCUGCGGGGAGGCACUGUGUGGCCAUGGCGGAGCGGAGGAGCGGCGCGGCGGAGGCCUUAGCCCGCCUGUCCGAGUGGGCAGACGCGCACCUCGGCCUGCUGAGGAGCCUGAGCACUGGGAUGGCGGUGGCUGGGGUGCUGGUGCUGGCCCGGAGCGUGCGUAUGACAACAAAGUUUUCAAGGGCUUUGGAUAUACCUGUGGAGUUUGUAGAAAAGAAUGUGAAAUUGAGGGGGAAAUUACAUCACAUAACGGAGAAAGGCCUGGAAGUCGAACACAUUCCCAUUAGCAUUCCUUUUAUUACGGCAAUACAGAGAAAAUGGCAAUCGAAAGGUCUUCUACUGGUAAGACUUGCUGGAGUGGAGUUGUCACCAAGUGGCAUUGCCUGGUUACAGCAAGAGUUAACACCCCAGCAGAUGAUAUGGUUCCAACUUCUGGGAAGGGAGGACUUGGCACUAGAGUGCCUAGUUUUAGUAAAUAAGGGUCGAUUUCUCAGCAUGUGUCUAAAUGAGGAGAUCUUGAGACAGGGGCUUGGCAGAACGGCGCAUAUUAAAGGACUGAAUCAUGAUUCCCGCCUGUACUGGAAACUUCACAAAAGACUCCUUCGAGCAGAGUUAAAGGCCUUGAAGAAAAAUAAAGGAAUAUGGCAAGAAGAAAGUUACUCUGAAAGAAUUAGAGAUCGUAUCAGUAACAAUAAAUUUGUACAAACAUUGAAACAAUUUGUGAGCUGGUUAAGACGCUCUGUUUAAAUAAAAAGGGGACUUGUUUGGAGGAACACCA